CUUCACAUAUCACAAUAGAGUUGAGAGAGAAAGAGUGAAGAUUAAAAAAAGAGAGAGAAUGGGUAAGAACAACACCAAAUUCCUCAUGCAAUUUGCAGUUCUUGCAAUAGUUUUAUCCGCUGCAAUAAUGGUGAAAGAAGCUACAAGCAUUCCCGUUUGCAACAUCGACACAAACGACUUGGAGAAAUGCCGUCCAGCCGUCACUGGAAACAACCCUCCACAUCCGGGACCGGACUGCUACACAGUGGCCAGAGCUGCUAAUCUACAAUGCCUCUGCCCGUACAAGCCUUAUCUCUCCACUGUUGGGAUAGACCCAUCUAGAGUCAGGCCUCUUCUUGCCAAUUGUGGCCUAAACAGUCCUUCCUGUUUCUAAGCUUGAAGAACUGAGCUGAAGACAAGCCGGUCUGCCGCAAACUUUGUCUUGCCCUGAAGUCUCCAAGCUAUAAUAUGUCUUGUGCUGUUCUAAUUCGAAUAAAUAUCAACUUUGCAAUGCUUUUUCAGUCACCUUAUCUAUUAUAUAGAUGAACCAUGUUCUACAUAUUAAUGAAAUGAAUAAAGUACUGGUUUUACA